GUCCUUUGAAACCACGUGAAGGACGAGACUUUACCACACGUGGAUUCGGAGGUCAUUGCUGUAAUAACACACAGUGGAAAAAAUGGAUUUUGUGAAAAAUGCACAAAAGAUGGCACCAGGCGGCAAGGGUCUCAGAGCAGGAAUAGGACUUAUGGCAAUAGCUGGUGGUGCAAUUUACGGUCUUACGCAUUCAUUUUACACAGUUGAUGGUGGUCACAGAUCUAUCAUAUUCAGUCGGAUAAGUGGAGUACAACAGACAGUCUAUCCUGAAGGACUUCAUUUCAGAAUACCUUGGUUCCAGUAUCCCAUUAUCUACGACAUCAGGGCUAGGCCACGGAAGCUCUCCUCACCAACUGGCAGUAAAGACUUACAGAUGGUGAACAUCUCUCUGCGAGUGCUGUCCCGUCCAGAUCAAAACUUUUUACCACAGAUUUAUCGACAACUAGGACAAGACUAUGAUGAGCGUGUCCUGCCAUCUAUUUGUAAUGAGGUACUGAAGUCAGUGGUGGCCAAGUUUAAUGCUUCACAGCUCAUCACACAGCGUCAACAGGUCAGUAUGCUUAUACGACAAGAACUGCUUGACCGCGCCCGAGACUUCCAUCUCAUCCUCGACGACGUGUCCAUCACAGAGCUCAGCUUCGGCAAAGAAUACACAGCAGCUGUUGAAGCGAAACAGGUAGCACAGCAAGAAGCACAGAGGGCACAGUUUAUUGUGGAGAAAGCCAAGCAGGAAAAACAACAGAAGAUUGUCCAGGCGACUGGAGAAGCUGAGGCCGCCAAACUUAUUGGAGAUGCCAUAGCCACGAACCCUGGUUAUCUGAAGCUGAGGAAGAUCCGUGCUGCCCAAAGCAUUGCCAGAACGGUUGCUGCUUCUCAAAACCGAGUAUAUUUGAACGCUGGAAACCUGAUGUUGAACUUAAGUGACAAGGACUUUGAUUCAGAGUUCAAGAACUUCAGAAAAUCAUAGGAGAUAGGAGCAAUCGAUAUAACCUGUGUUGUGCUAUUUCCAAGACAAAUUUGAGAGGCAACAAGAAGAGCAGUACAAACAAUUCUCCAAAUUUUUGUGUGUGUUAAAAGUACGAUGAAUGUAAAGUAUGGAUGUCUGUUUAUUGUAAAAAAAAUCAAACCUGAAUAUAUAACAUUAUAAUGUAUCACUGGACUGGUUUACGACGAGUAUGAUUUGAAGGUGUAAACUGACAUGAUUUUCAUUUAAUUCCUAAUCAUGAGCAGAAAUGUAUCUAAUAUACAUGUGGAAAAUUCAGAUAUGUUAUAUAUCUUAUCUUAAUAUUAGUGGAAGCAUAAAUCAUUAUUCUUUAGCUUCCAGUAGAUUUAUCAAACCAAGUUAUCUUGAAAAUGAAUAAUAUAUUUCUGAAGGUAUGGAAGUUAAACAGUUACUAAUGAUUUUGACGGUUUGUAUGCAUCAUUUCACACGGACUAGUUUACUGUUGAUGAUGAUGUAGUUUACACUGUAAAGGUUAUCAAACAGUACCUGUUUUAAUGAUGUUGAGUGUAAUUUCUGUGACUAGUGAAUAAAAGAUCAAAAUUUA